GGCAAAAAUGAGCUAUGUUGGGGAGAAAACACUGACAGCCCUGCCGAGUCUUCUGUCUUUAGACUCUCAGCCUGGACCUGCUAAAUUGUCCUCCACCUCCAAACUGGGAAACCUCAUCAGAGGAAUCACAGAGCUAACGUCCAAACAUGAGGAAGAGAAACUUAUUCAGCGUGAACUGGAAUCUAUUAAAGAACAAGUGUCCUCCCCCAACACCUCCAUGAGGCAGAUGAAGGAGUUGAUGGUGAGGGCCAUUUACUGUGAAAGUCUGGGAUAUGAAGCGUCUUUCGUCUACAUUCAUGCCAUCAAACUGGCUCAGCAGGGCACAGCGCUGGAGAAAAGAGUUGGUUACCUUGCUGUGUCAUUGUUUCUGAAUGAAAGUCAUGAACUACUGCUUCUUCUUGUAAACACUGUAUUAAAGGAUCUACAAAGCACUAACCUGAUUGAAGUCUGCAUGGCUCUAACUGUUGUCAGCCAGAUCUUCCCCAAAGAAAUGAUCCCUGCCAUCCUCCCCCUGGUGGAGGAAAAACUUAAUCACCCAAAAGAAAUCAUUCGGCGUAAGGCGGUUCUGGCACUCUAUAAAUUCUACCUGAUAGCACCGAAUCAAGUUCAACAUAUCCACAAUAAGUUUCGCAAAGCUCUGUGUGACAAAGACCCGGGUGUGAUGACAGCUUCCCUGCACAUCUACCUGCAGAUGAUCCAGGAAAAUCCAGAGGGCUAUAAAGACUUAACAGGAAGUUUUGUAAACAUAUUAAAGCAGGUUGUGGGUGGAAAGCUGCCCAUUGAUUUUAAUUAUCACAGUGUUCCUGCUCCAUGGCUUCAAAUCCACCUACUGAGGAUAUUGUCUUUUCUUGGAAAAAAUGAUCUCAGAACAAGUGAGCUCAUUUAUGAAGUUCUGGAUGAGUCUCUGCGAAGAGCUGAGAUGAAUCGUAACAUAACCUAUGCAAUAUUGUACGAGUGUGUAAAAUGUAUCUACACAAUUCAUCCCAAAUCUAACCUUUUGGAAAAGGCUGCAAAAUGCAUUGGGAACUUUGUUCUGUCACCAGAUAUAAAUCUUAAAUAUCUAGGCUUGAAGGCCCUUACCUAUGUGAUCCAGCAGGACCCUAAAAUGGCCCUGCAGCAUCAGAUGACCAUCAUAGAGUGUUUAGAUCAUCCUGACCUAAUUAUCAAGCGUGAGACGUUGGAGUUGCUGUUUCGGAUCACUAAUGCACAGAACGUCGUGGUUAUUGUGGAGAAGAUGCUGGAGUUUCUGCAAAACAGUCCCGAUGACUACACUACCAUUGACCUGGUGGGAAAGGUGGCAGAACUGGCUGAGAAAUAUGCACCUGACAAUGAAUGGUUCAUUGAGACGAUGAACACAGUGUUUUCACUGGGUGGAGACACAAUGCAGCCUGACAUCCCCAACAGUUUUCUUAAGCUGUUAUCUGAGGGAUUUGACAGUGUGGAGGAAGACAGGAAGUUGAGGCUGUUUGCUGUGGAUUCAUAUGUUUCUCUGCUGCAAGGAGAGACUAGAAAACUGCCACAGUGUUUCCUUCAGGUCAUCAGCUGGGUCCUCGGGGAAUACUCUCAUUUGAGUGAAGACCACAACCGGUCCACUGUCCUCAGGCUGCUGGAGAAGCUCUUGGACAUGAAGCAAACCAGCAGUGAAACAAAGUGCUGGAUCCUCAUGGCCAUGACCAAGCUGUGUGAAGGCACAGCAGGUGUUUGUGUUGCUCAGCAGGUUUCUGAAACAUACAUCAGCUCGAUGGACACGGUGCUGAGACAGAGGGCUCAGGAGCUGCAGCACCUCAGCCAGGACUCUGAACUAAGAGAAGAGGUGCUUCCUAGAGACUCUGGCCUGGACCCUAUGGAGAUUGACUCCUCUCUCUCAUUUUUGGACGAGUUUGUGUCGGGAGCGUUGGCAGCUGGAGCCGCUCCAUACAAGCCUCCCCAUCAACGGCAGGAGGAACUGGCUGAGGCCAAAGUGUUGAGUCUGGAGCCGUAUGGCCUGGCGCUGCCCAUCAGCAUGUCCUCCUGCAGCAUCACUGACAGACACUCUCCUACACCUCUGUCCAUGAGCUCUGGUCUGUCAGGUGACAGUACUGACGUCUCCCACCGAGCAGGUCUAAAGUUGGACGGAGUGCAGCGGGUGUGGGGCAGGGAUGGUUACCUGGCAAAGAAGGAAUCUGUGGAGGAAGCUGCACCAGUGCAGGGACUCACCCCUGUCCAUUCACCAAGCCUGCAAAAUGAGGGUGAUGGCUCCCACAGUCAGACUCCAACACCGACACCGACCCCUGAACCAGACAGAGAAAAAGAACAACUGGCUUCUUCUCUGUUCUUUGGUGUCAGUUCACAGAGCAGCGUUUGUCUGAUGGGGAAACCUGAUUCCACAUUUAAUCGAAGAAGAAAAGCCAAAGUUCAAGCCCCAGGUGUCACGGAGCAGCUCUCCAGCUCUGUGGCGCCUGUGUCUAAUGCUGUAGAUAACUUACUGUGUAACAACCUGCAGGACUCAAACAUCAACUCAGUUUCUGCUGCGUCAUCUAAACAGACGUGUGAACUCUCUCCACGAGUCCCUGCUGCCAACGGCACCUGUAACACAGACUGUGGGUUACCCGAGAGUGACAGAAAGAGAAGUAACCUCUCCAUCAGCAGGGAUAACGGUUUAGUAGACGCUGACUCUGCUCUGAGUGAAGACCAAGGCAGCCGUUCAGACUUGUGUCCCAGUUCUUAUCUCCCGGCUGAGCUCUGUGGACUCUACCGCUCAGAGAUCGCUCCUCUCUGCACCGCCCACAGUCUGGAGCUCUCAGCCUGUCACGUACACCAAGGCGAUGACAUGAUCUUAAUUAUUUUCAUUUCCAACUCCUCUGAUUCUCAAGUUCUGCAGAUACGACUCGAUCUUAAAUCAGAACAACUGAAGGUUACCUGUGUGUCAGACAGUUCAGUGGAGAACAUUAAAAGCCACACUGUAGCAGUGUAUCAGUAUUCCCUGGCUGUGAAGAGGCCGGGGGUUGAUGUUGAAGUGGAUGGGACGUUAUCCUUCCUUUUGCCUGCUGGGACGCCUCAGACCAAACACUUCUCAUACAAACUCCCCUUAACAGCCUUCAUCAGACCUUUGCUGAUAUCCACAGAGGAAUACGGGACAAUGUGGUUGGGGUUUUCUCACGAGGUGAAGCAGAACCUGACACUGGUAGAUGACGGAUGUGAGCCUCUCACAUUUACUCUGAAUCUGCUGAAGAACAGACUUCAGCUCCAUUUGGUGGAAAUCAUAGGGUUGGAGGGUAUUUUAGCUUGCAGACUCCUGCAGAAUCAGCCGUGUCUGAUGCACUGUCGGGUUCAUGCUGGAGCUCUGGCCGUGUGGCUUCGCUCCCCGGUGCCUGAGCUUCCUGACUGUCUCGUCUACCACUGUCAGAGAGUUCUACAGGAGAAAUGAGAGCCAGGUACUGCAGGAUUAACACUGACACUACUGAACAACCUGUACUGUACUGUACUGUACUAGUCUGUACUGUAAUCCGGCUCUACUGCAGGAUACAAAGGGACAUGUUCUAAUCGUUGUAUCACAGCGUUUACCUUUUCUUUACUCCUCGUGUUGCUUGUGGAUACGUCAUGUUUUUUUUUUAUUAUUAUUUAAUAAUUUAAACAAAAUAUGUUUUCUACAGAAACCACAACAGUUUCAAUCAGGGCAGGUAAUAACCUCAGGGUCAAGAGUGUUUUAUAUCCCUGAUUUGAACAAAGUAUUUUUUUAAAACACACAGUUAAGACUUGAAGUUGCGUGGAUGUAAUUUACUUCAGGUGUUAAACAAAUACUAUGUCCUCUGGGUAGAAGUAUAAAGAAAUAAAAUUAUGACUUUUUAGGUUUAAAUGUUGCAGCAUAUGAAAAAAGUGACAAUGAUCAAUGGGAACUGAUGAUAAAAUAAUCAUAAAAAAGGUUUAAUUUCUUAUUCAGGUAAAAGUAAAAACUUCACUGCUGUCUUCACAUCUUUUAUGCUCCUAAUUAAGAAAAAUGUCUCCAAAAUUCUCAGUUUACUAGAAACAGGCAGUGAAGCCAUGUGAGUUUGACUUUGUUUUUCCAAAACCUGUUAAUCUGAUUACCAACUAGAGUGUCGACUCUCUAAUAAUUCAUGGUAAAUGUCAUUAAUGACAUCACUUUUCCAUGUGGUCCAUUUAUCACUAAUGUCUUAUCAAUGCUGCCUUUUGAUGUGACUCUAUAUGCACUUGUUUUUCCUUGUUCGACUGUUUAUUUUAAAUCACGUGUUCUAGAAAGCAGUAUUGAAAACAUAUUUAUUAAAUAUACAUACUUCAGAAAUUGUCUUAUAUCUAAUAAGCCUGACAAAGUAAUUACCUUUCACAAUCGGAGGUGGUUGUUACCUGACAGGAAAUGAAACCACUUUAUUUUCAUUGUGUUUCACUAGUUUGAAUCCUAUUAUGUUUAACCCAACUUAAACCAUAAGCCUUAUGUUUCAGUGCCAUCGAGGCAUAUUUUUUAUUUGUGCCUAUGGCACAGCGUAAAAUAAAUAUUUCUUACAGUGCCAGUCACUGCAUUCUAUCAAUAAAGUCAACACAUGUAAAUAAACUUGUCCUUUUGUCCAACAAUGCUCUCAACAGAAUUCAGAUCAAUAAGUGAGGAGGAAUUAAAAAUGUUAAAAUCCUCCUCACUUAAUGAUCAGACCCCACAACGACUGUUGAUAUACU